GGAAGUCUGCCCAACGGAGGGACGCCGAAAUCGCCGCAGAAAACCGGACCGGCCUCCUCGCCGCAAGUAGCCAACAAAAGGAAAGCCACCCCUACGACACCCUCUGAAGACGGGAGAGCCAAGCGCACGAGAGUGGUGCCCGACGUCUCCUCGCCCGUGCUGUCCCAGGGGUCCUGUGGAGGGAACGACGACUUGCCGGAGGGCCAGCCGGCGUCGUUCACGGGUGGCACCAUGCGCCCGUACCAGAUCGAGGGCUUACGGUGGCUCAAGGUGCUGUAUGAGAACGGGGUGAACGGCAUCCUGGCAGACGAGAUGGGGCUGGGCAAGACAAUCCAGGUGAUAGCGCUGGUCGCCGGCCUGGCAGACAGUGGCCUGCCGGGGCCCUACCUGGUCGUGGCACCCCUGUCCACGCUCGCCAACUGGCUGGCCGAGUUCCGGCGUUUCGCUCCUUCCCUCACCGCCCUGCUCUACCACGGGACCAAGGAGCAGCGCGCGGAGCUGCACACGUCUGCGCUGCGGCGUGCGACGGUGGUGCUGACGUCGUACGAGGUGGCGAUGCGGGACCGGGCCAAGCUGGCGCCCCUCGACUGGGGCCUCCUGGUGGUGGACGAGGCGCACCGCCUCAAGAACUUCCGCUGCCGCCUGAUGCGCGAGCUGGCCCAGUACAAUGCCCCCAACCGGCUGCUGCUCACGGGCACGCCGCUCCAGAACUCCCUCACCGAGCUCUGGGCCCUGCUCCACUUCCUCAUCCCAGAGAUCUUCAACGACCUCAGGGCGUUUGAAUCGUGGUUCGACAUGAGCUCGCUGUCGGAGGGCGAGGGGACCCGUUUUGUGGAGCAGGAGCAGACCAAUCAGCUCGUCGGAACCAUGCAGGAGAUCCUGCGGCCCUUCCUGCUCAGGCGAACCAAGGACGAAGUGGAACUGGAUCUCCCGACAAAGACUGAGCUGCUGGUGUACGCCUCUCUGAGCCCCCUGCAGGAGAAGCUGUACAAGAUCUGCGUCGACGGAGCCGUGAAGGUUGCCACGGCAAACGGGUUUAAGCAGGAAGAGCUGGAUCCGUUGGAGCAAGAGGGGGGUCGUCCGCGGAGAUCCAGGAGAUCAAUCCGAUACGUGGAUCCUGGCGAGGACGACCCCUGGGAAGACAACGCAAGCCGGUCUCCGGGACACGGGCAGGAGGACGCCACACGGGAGCCCAAAGAUCCGCUAGACGAGCUCCGCCACAGCCGCAAUCCGCUCAUGGACUUGCGCAAGAUCUGCAACCACCCGUACCUGUUCCGCUGGGUCGACCCCACGGGUCCGGCGGACGAGGAGCUGGUGGCGGCGUCCGGGAAGCUCAGGCUGCUCGACUGCAUGCUGCCGGAGCUCCGGCGCCGGAAGCACAAGGUUCUGCUGUUCUCGCAAAUGACGCGCGUGCUGGACAUCCUGGAGGACUACUGCCACCUGCGGCACUUCCGCCACUGCCGCCUGGACGGACGCACCAAAGUGGAGGACCGACAGCUCCAGAUGCACCUCUUCAACAACGACCCCAGCUACUUCGUGUUCCUGCUGAGCACGCGGGCGGGUGGCCUGGGCAUCAACCUGACCGGGGGCGACACGGUGGUGCUGUUCGACUCCGACUGGAACCCCCAGUGCGACCUGCAGGCGAUGGACCGCUGCCACCGGAUCGGGCAGACGCGCCCGGUGGUUGUCUACCGCCUGGUCACGAGGGGCACCGUGGAGCAGCGCAUGGUCGAGAGGGCCUCGGCCAAGCGCAAGCUCGAGAAGAUCAUCAUGCAGAAAGGGAGGUUCUCCCGGGUGGGCGAGUCUUCGAGGAACGCCCUCUCGCCCCAAGAGCUGCUGGAGCUGCUGCGGUCGAGCGAGCACUCGAGAGUCGUGGACACCCACUCCAGCGCGCUGUCGGCCGAGCAGCUGGACGCGCUGCUGGACCGCUCCAGGGCCCCGGGCAACCUCUCCUCCCACCGGGACCUCUUCAAGGUCGUCGUCAGGGAGACGGAUGCCAUGGACAACCUCACCUAACACACCAUAGAAAAAUAAAAAGAAGGCCACAAUAAUGUGUAGAUAUACGGGUUUUAGCAUUUAUACAUUGCACUUUUGUGUUUUGAGUUUUUUUCAAGUGUAAGAAAAAGCACUUGCCAAGUUUUUAAUAAAGUUGCGGCAGAA